AAAGCUUAAAAUAGGAUGCUAAUAUGCUCUAAAAAAAACCCUAAAAUAAUCUCUAAAUAUUCCUUUAACUUGUAAAUAUGCAGAUAAUAUGCUCUAAAAAAACCUUAAAAUAUUCUCUAAAUAUUACUCAAACUUGUAAAUAUGCAGAUAAUAUGAUUUUUUUUUUCUUAAGUAAUUCAAUAAAUAACUGUUAUGGCCCAUUCCUUUGGUAACAGGUAAAUUAUUUAAAUUUAAAACAGUUUAUGCAUAGGAAUAUAAAUUUAAUAAAAUUAUAUAUAAAAAACAAAAUAGUUAAAUAAAAACAAUGAACAACUUGGAUACACCAGUAUCGGAUCCAAAGGGGUGGUUGGUUAAAGGGACAUUUGCCCCCCCUAAAAUAAAAAAAAAUUAUGCCCUUGAUACCCACUGGUAUGCACCAUUCUUUGGUAAAAGAUAAAUUAUUAAAUUUAUUUAUAUUUAUUAUAAAAUCAUUCUCAUCACGUUAUCAGUUGUCAAAUACGAUAAUCUAUGGUACAAUCACAGACUGAGAGUAACAGUAUGACCAACAUUACUAAUUUAAUUACAAUCAAGUAGAUAAUUCAAUGAUUUUUAAUUUUUAACAUCCUUAAAUCAAAUUUUUUUUUCCUAGAAAAAUCACAAUUCGAGAAAUGAACAAUAUAUGAAUUUUUAUGAACAAUAAUUGAAUAUAUUCUAAAAUAUGACAAAAAAGGCUAAAUAUUCUAUAAUAUAUCCAAAAUAUGCGAAAUAAAUUUUUUCCUACAAACUUUAUGGUGGAUAAAUCGUCCACAUUUUUCAUCCUCGUAAAGCCAAUAAAAAUAUGUAAAAACCUAAAGAUCCACGCUCUAGUUAUAACUCAUCUAUGUUCUGUUCCACAAGAGAGUUCGACUGCCAUGCGCAUCAAAAUGGAUUAGCUCCGAUGUCGCGAGACCAAAUUUCCCCCAUCAUGUGACGUCCGCUCUCUGCACCAAUCUAAUGUCUUGGAUGAAAAUACAUCAACAUGUGUUGAUAAUUCAAUCAAUAAAACAAAAAAAUUUGAUGAAGAAAAAGAAAAAAUUGAAACAACUGAAUUAAAACAAAGCUUUUCUGAAGAGUCUGAUUCAAAAUUUUCUUCACCAUGUUUCUCAAAGUGUAUACCAAAUGCAAAGUUGAUGGACACAGAAGUUAUUAAUAGAUACAUCAGAAUGGGAUCAACAUCGUCAAAUGAUUCUUCUUUAUCAGAAGAUCAAAAUAAGUCUACAUUUGAAGAUGAAACCGUUAGCUUUACAGAUGGCCAAGAAAUGGAGUCAAUUCAAGACAAUUAUGCCUUUGAUGAAACCAGUGAACGCUUUUCUGUUUCAAGUGCUAUUGAGCAAAGCACUAGUAUCAACCAACAAAAUGUAUUAGAUGAUUCUAAUAAUGUAUGCACUUUAAUACAUUGUAGUCAAAAAGACGAUACAGAUUUAAGUAUAUGUAGUGACUCAGAACUUGAAGAUGUUACUGAAGAUUCAAUUGUUGCUGAUGAAUAUAGUGUUACACCUGGAAAACAGAGAUUGUUUGAUUUGCGAGUCACUAAACAAUCACUUCGUGCUAAGGCUCUCGUAGCAUCUGCUCCAUUUAUGGAUAGAAUUGAAGAAACUACAACUCCUGUUGUGUCUAAAGUUCUUAAUUCUCCUUUAAUUUUAAAUGACACCAGUUAUAGACACUCAGAAAUCAAUGAAAAUUUAAAUGUUUUAUCAAUUACUGAAAUACGUCAUGGUACAUCUAUUGAGCAUUUCAAUCAAACUUCUAAUGAAAAUGUGUUUGAAACUUCAAAGUUUAUUGAUGAAACUGCGGGAGAAUUAUUGAUAUCAACCGAUUUGAAGAAUGAUAUAGUUUCUGUGAAUAAAAGUGCAGAUACUAUGUUUGAUGAAACAAUGAACACAAAUAAACAUUCAACAGAUGGCAAGGGUAUGAAUGUUAACAAGUCAUUAAUUAAAACUGAUCAAAUCGAAAAUACUUUAAAUGAUAUGGUGCAUACAUCUAAUAAUAAACAGUUUAUGAAUAUCAUGACCAACAUAGUAAUUCCAACAGACUUAAAUGUUCAUUAUGAUAAAGAAUACUUAAUUGCUGCACAAAUCAAUGCUAUAUCAACAAAUACCAGUGUAGAUGAUAAAAUAUUUGAUACAACUAUGAAGACUAAUAUACUUUCAACAAACAAUCAAAGUACUGAUUCAAAUAAAUCCUUAAAUGACACUGAACACAAAUUUGAAGUUGAUAAGUCUGUGAAUAUUAUGGCCAAUAUGGCUAUAACAACAUCUGAUGUCAAUGAUCAUCAUAAAGAUGAAGAAUUCUCAGUUGCCAUGGAUGUUGAUAUUAAAUCAGCUAACACUAGUGUGGAUAAAGAGUUAGAUGAAACAGUGUGGACUCGUAGGCUUUCAUUAAACAACCAAAGUACUGAUUCAAAUAAAUCCUUAAAUGAAACUGAUCACAAAUUUGAUGGUGAAAAGUCUAUGAAUAUUAUGUCCAAUAUAGCUAAUUCAAUAUCAGGUGUAGAUGAGUAUAAUGAUGUAAAAAAUUCAAUUGCUACAGAAGUUGGUAUUAUAUCAAUUAGUAGCAGUGUAGUGGAUAAAAUAUUUGAUGAAACAGUGUAUACUAAUAAACUUUCAACAAACAACCAAAGUAUGGAUACGAAUAAAUCCUUGAAUGAUAGUAAUAUCGAAAAUACUUUGAAUGUCACUGAACACAAUUUUGAUGGUGAAAAGUCUAUGAAUAUUAUGUCCAACAUGGUUGAACCAACAUCUGAUGUCGAUAAUUAUAAUGAUGAAGAAUUCUCAGUUGCCAUGGAAGUUGAUAUUAAAUCAACUAACACUAGUUGUGUGGAUAAUGAGUUAGAUGAAACAAUGUGCUCUAAUUGGCUUUCAAUAAACAUCCAAAGUACUGAUUCGAUUAAAUCCUUAAAUGAAACUAAUAUCAAAAAUACUUUAAAUGACACAGAGUAUAAAUUUGAUGGCGAAAAGUCUAUGAAUAUUAGGUCCAACAUGGCUGUACCAACAUCUGAUGUCAACGAUGAAGAAUUCUCAGUUACCAUGGAAGUUGAUAUUAAAUCAACUAACACUAGUGGUAUGGAUAAAGAGUUAAACGAAACAGUGUGCACUAAUACGCAUUCAAUAAAUAACCAAAGAACUGAUUCGAUUAAAUCCUUAAAUGAAACUAAUAUCAAAAAUACUUUAAAUGACGCUGAGUACAAAUUUGAUGGUGAAAAGUCUAUGAAUGUAAUGUCCAAUAUAACUAAUUCAAUAUCGAGUGUAGAUGAGUAUAAUGAUGGAGAAAACUCAAUUGCUACAGAAGUUUGUAAUAUAUCAAUUAAUACACUUUCAACAAACAACAAAAGUAUGGAUAUGAAUAAAUCCUUAAAUGAAACUAAUAUCGAAAAUACUUCAAAUGUCACUGAACACAAAUUUGACUGUGAAAAUUCUAUAAAUAUUAGGUCCAACAUGGCUGUACCAACAUCUGAUGUCAACGAUGAAGAAUUCUCAGUUACCAUGGAAGUUGAUAUUAAAUCAACUAACACUAGUUGUAUGGAUAAAGAGUUAAACGAAACAGUGUGCACUAAUACGCAUUCAAUAAAUAACCAAAGAACUGAUUCAAAUAAAUCCUUAAAUGAAACUAAUAUCAUAAAUACUCUAAAUGUCACUGAACACAAAUUUGAUGGUGAAAAGUCUAUGAAUAUUAUGUCCAAUGAAGCUAAUCCAUUAUCGAGUGCAGUUGAGUAUAAUGAUGGAGAAAACUUAAUUACUUCAGAUGUUGAUAUUAUUCCAAUGAGUACCAGUGUAGUGGAUAAACUAAUUGAUGAAACAGUGUACCCUAAUACGCUUUCAACAAACAACCAAAGUAUGGAUAUGAAUAAAUCCUUAAAUGAAACUAAUAUCGAAAAUACUUCAAAUGUCACUGAACACAAAUUUGAUGGUGAAAAGUCUAUGAAGAUUAUGUCCAAUAUACCUAUUCCAUUACCAGGUGUAAAUGGUUAUUUUGAUAAAGAAAACUCAAUUGCUACAAAAGUUGAUAUUAAAUCAAUUAAUACCAGUAUAGUGGAUAAAAUAUUUGAUGAAUCAAUGUUAAUAAAUGCUAAUAAACUUUUAACAGACAGCAGAUUUAUGAAUUGUAAUAAAUCCUUAAAUGAAACUGAAAGCAUUUUAAAUAAUACUGAACACAGGUUUGUGAAUAAUAUCCAAAACACCUCUGUUUCAGCUGUUCAUUUUGAUGAAAAGUUGCAUUUAAGUAAACUGGAUAAGAGUAUAUUAAAAAACACAAUCAAUUCUGAUAAUUCAUUUGUAGGAAUUAACGACGUUAAUAUAACUUGCAAUACAUCACUAGAAGACCCGUCAUGUAUGAUGAGACAAUACUUAGACUUUGAACAAACUGUAAAUGAAAUGUGCAAUGAUAUUUCAUCAGCAAAUGGUCCUGUUGGAAAAUCGAAUAAGCCAAAAGAAAGUUAUGACGAUGAAACUCUUGAAAAUUUGAUCGAACAAACACUUUCUUCUGAUACAUUCAAUCUAACGAAAGUAAAUGAAAAUGUCUCUAAUUAUAAUGGGUCAAACUUAUCGGUCAUUAUUGAAAAUAAAUCUCUAGAAACUUCUUGUAACAACAUUGAGCAAAAUGAAGAUUUUGUCAUUCCCAAUAAUGAUGUACCAAUAACUUUGGAGUCUGAAAGUAUUGUGAAGGAAGUCAAUGAUAUUGAAUUGUUGAAUAAAUCAACAGUUGUAAAUACAGUAGCUACUCCUUCAAAAUCUGAAGUUGGUUUAGCAUAUGGAAUAGAUGUUAACAAUCAAAUCAAAACAAAAGAAAGUAUUUCAAUAAAUUGUAAUAUUACAGAUUCAGGAUUAGUUGAAAAUAUAAAUGAAUCUAAACGUAAUGGAAGUUCAAUGUUGAGCGAUGAGUUAUCCAAAACGGAACUUGAUACAUUUACCAAAGUUAAUAAAAACUUUAAUAAUACCACUACAAAACAAAUAUUUAUCUCAGAAGAUGCCAUUAAAAUACAUUCAACACAAAAUACUUUGGAUGAAAACAACUUAUAUCUAAUAGCCGAUCAAAUUAAUAUAACUGACAUUCCUAACUCCACUGCUUUUAAACUUAUUCCAGAAACAGAAAUAACUCAAAAAAACCUGAUUGAUCAACAUGAAUUACUUAAUAAUGACAAUCAGCAACAAGAUUUAUUGGAUGCAACUAAAUGUAUUGAUAAUAGCCUAGAAGAAUUUACAAAUCUAGAACAGAUGUUUAAUUUUGGAGACAAUAUAAAAGGAAAACAAGUUGAAUAUAAGACUCCCAAGACACAAAAACUAUUAGAUUUUAGUAUUAUUCAACAAACGCCCACUUUUGAUAAUCCAUCAAAGAAACAGAAGCUAUUAAAUUUCAGUAUUGUUGAUCAAACUCCAAUAUUACUAAGUACACAAAAAAAAUAUCCAAUUGAUAAUGUUAUCAACGAUGACAGUUUAAUAAAUUUUAGUUCAGUUGAUCAAAUGUGGAAUUCAGAAGUAGUGACGAAAGAUGAAAUUAAUUUUAAAGAUUUACAUAACUCUUCCAAUUAUUCUUCAUCAAAUAAUCUAUCAACAAUUUCAGCUCCUGAUUUAGAAUUAUUAGCAGAUGAGUCAAUUAAAAGAAAUACAUCAAAUUUCAGUAACUCAUCUUUUGAUCAAACAAUAACUGAUUCAAAUUUAAACCUGUCUACUUAUUCUUGUGCAAGUAAGACUCAAAAUGUUAUAACAGAAUUAAAUAAUCUGGAACCAUUGGUAUUAAUCAACAAACAGAUUGUUGCUGACAAACCUUCUGACUCUUUAAAUCAAACAGUUAAACUAAAUGAGUCAAGACAAAAAACAUUUUAUGACAAACACUGUGUUGCGGAAGCGUCUACUAAAGUAGUAAAACCCGACUUAAAAUUGUUAUCAAAUACUACUUCAAACCAAAACAUUGAUUCUGCAGUAUUUAAAGAUGAUUCAAACCAAGACCCGUGUUUUAACUCAAAUGAACGUGCCAUUGUAGAUUUCAGCAUUAUCCACCAAGGAUUGUUGGAAAAUGUUGAAUUAAAAAACAAUACUGCUAUAACAUCUUUUGAAUCUGAUAGAAAUGUUUCUAAUCUAAUUGAAAUGUCUUUUGUUACUAAAUCUGAAGAACAAACAAUUCUUUCAUCUGAAAAUCCAAUAAUACCCAUAACUUCUCACAGUAUAUCUGAAAACUCAAUACAAAGUCGUUCUGAUGAAAUGAAUAGCACAGCUCUACAUUUAGAAGAAUCUACAUUUUUGCACAAUAACACUGAAUUGUUAACUGAUAUACAGAUGAAAGAUGAGUCGCUUCUUAUAGAAUCGCCAGAAAAGAGUUCAAUUAUCGAUUCUUUUCAUAGUAUUGAAUUGGAUCAUGUACAGGAAGAUAAUAAGAGGAAAAUGGAGACUACUCAAGAAUAUGAUAAUAACGAAAAGAAAAUGAAAGUAGAGACUGAGAUGCUGAAGACACCAAUGUCGAUGCUCUAUAAAAUUAAAAAUAUGUUCAGGAGCAGUGAAAGACAACCAUCUUGUGUAAAUAAUACAAAAGAAAACAAUUUGAAAUCAAACAAAUGCUAUCAAAAAUUAAAUUUUAACAAAUUUGAAGAAAAUAAUGAAGAUUUUACUAAACGAAUAACAUUAAAAAAACCAGAAGUUAUAAGAAGUAAAAUACCUUGCAAAGUCACUGACAGAUCAUUAAUAAAAAAUGAUGAAUUUAAUAGUUCAUCUCUAUUGUCCCUUAAUGAUAGUAUAAAACAAAAAAAAACCAUACCAAAGUUAACAGGAGUUCCUGUAUUAUCUGAUGUAUCUAAUUCGUCAAACAGAAAGUGUGCAGAAAGUCGUAUACCUUCCAAAUUUCAAAAAUAAUGUCUCAUAAAUUAUUUUUAUAGUUAUUAUUUAAUUUUUAUUUUAGUUUAGUUAUUUAUUAUGAAAAUAAGGCAAAUGUAUUAGUAAAAAAAAUUCCACUUUUAAGUAUACAUAUUAUGAAUACACCCUAGAGUUAAAAGUUUUAUCAUUUUUUAUUUUAUUAGUUAAUUUUAAUUCAUGAUGUAUAUUUUUACUUUUUAUACAUUUUAACUUUAAUACCUAUAUUUAUAUAAAAAAGAAUAUAUUAAUAAACUCAAGAUUUAUAUAUUAA